CUCCCAUUUCUAGGCCAUCUGGGCACGUAAGGUUUUCCCGUAAGGUGUCCACAUCCUUAAUGGUAAAUAAUUGACAGAUUCUUUUUUUGGGUUAAACAAUCUUCCGUCAUCGAAGCAUUAAAAAUGAUCGAAAAUCUCCGAAAAUUAAACGUGAUAAAGUGAAUAGUAAUAAACUGCGAGUAUAGAAAGGUUUGUAAUCAACACGUCAUGCGAAACGAUAUUCAGUGUUGCUGAUAAGAAAGGCGCUCUCUCCCGUUUGUUAAGCAUUCGAAUAUAAAAUACAGUCCGAGGGACGGCAAUAUGUUAUUAGUUUCAUGACGAUUAAUGUCGAACGUCUCCAGAUAAGAUGUACCUACCUGUAAAAUUGUUACAACGAUGGCUGUACCCUUUUGUUGUUUUAUCAGUGUGUGUUUCGUUAGGCCUAACAGAUGAGUUUACACCUAUGUCAACAGAGGAAAGAUUAAAAUUAAGAGAGGAAGCAAGAGAUAUGUUUUAUCAUGCUUAUAACGCAUACAUGGAAAAUGCUUUCCCAGCGGAUGAACUUAUGCCUUUAAGUUGUUCUGGACGAUACAGGGGAUUAACACCUAAUCGUGGUGAUAUUGAUGAUUCCUUAGGAAAUUUUUCAUUAACGUUAAUUGAUACCUUGGACACAUUGGUGAUUCUGGGCGACUUGGAAGAAUUUGAGCACGCCGUUAAACUUGUUAUUGAUAACGUUUCGUUUGAUAAUGAUGUUGUGGUUUCCGUUUUUGAAACGAACAUUCGCAUAUUAGGUGGUCUUUUAUCAGCUCAUAUCCUCGCAGAAUACCUCCAACAAAACGCCGACGUCCUUCAAUGGUACAAAGGUGAACUUUUAGAUAUGGCCAAAGAUGUUGGAUAUCGAUUACUUCCAGCUUUUAAUACUACAACAGGAAUUCCAUAUUCUAGAAUUAAUUUAAAGUAUGGUAUAAAAGGAGAUAGACUUGAAACUUCCCGUGAAACUUGCACAGCUUGUGCAGGUUCGAUAAUCUUAGAAAUGGCAGCUCUUUCACGAUUAACAGGAGAACCAAUUUUCGAAGAAAAAGCCCAUCGGGCGAUGGAUGAAUUAUGGAAGAUGCGACAUAGAAGCUCCGAUUUAAUGGGAACAGUUCUAAACGUACACUCAGGUGAUUGGAUUCGAAGGGAUUCAGGCGUUGGGGCCGGAAUCGACUCAUACUACGAGUACUGUUUGAAAGCUUACAUUUUACUUGGCGAUGAUCGUUAUUUAAACCGUUUCAAUCGCCAUUAUAACGCCGUUAUGAAAUACAUUUCUCAAGGUCCAAUGUUAUUAGACGUACAUAUGCAUCGACCACAUACGAAUUCAAGAAAUUACAUGGAUGCCUUAUUAGCAUUUUGGCCCGGAUUGCAAGUUUUAAAGGGCGACAUAAAACCGGCGGUUGAAACCCACGAGAUGUUAUACCAAGUGAUGCAGCGGCAUAAAUUUAUUCCGGAAGCGUUUACGACUGAUUUUCAAGUACACUGGGGUAAUCAUCCGUUAAGACCCGAAUUUUUAGAGUCAACAUACUUUUUGUACACAGCAACAAACGAUCCUUAUUACCUCGAAGUUGGUCGAAACGUUUUAAAAAGUUUACAAAAAUACGCUCGAGUUCCUUGUGGUUACGCCGCUGUGAACGAUGUUCGUACAGGAAGGCAAGAAGAUCGUAUGGAUUCGUUUGUAUUGGCCGAAACGUUAAAAUAUCUAUAUUUGUUAUUCGCCGAUCGGGAGGAUUUAAUUUUGAAUUUGGACGAGUUUAUUUUUACGACUGAGGGGCACUUGUUACCGUUGAGUUUAUCUAGUUAUAAAAAUAAUACUCUAAUCGAAGAGGAAACUGAAGAUUAUUAUUACGAAUACGCUAGAAUAUGCCCGAAUUCUUUGACGUUAUUCCCCGAAUCGGUGAGGAAACCUUUAAGGAAUAUGGUCGAUGGGAUGUGUCCUAGAAGAAUUGGGAAACGAAGACUUACGGCUGCCGAAUUUAGUGCUUCUAAUAUGAAUCAUUUGAAGGUGAUUAAAGAUAUGGGGAUUAGUAUUAUUGCGUUAAAUGAUGGAAGGGUGCAGUUAUUACAUACUUUUUCAGCGGCUCGUUCAUCUGCCGAUGCAGAAGAAGGUUUACUUUUUAUGCAAGAAAUGGUAGAAUUAUCAAAAUUACAACAACAACAAGGUGACGCUGCACCUCAAGCAGUUUCAUUCCCCAUAAAAUUAACAAACGGUGAGCGACAAACGAUGACUCUUCAAGCGGGUCCUUCACAUUUUGGAACAAAUUUGCGAGGUACUGAAAAGGUAACGGCCACAACGAUUUUAGUGAAUCCGAUAAGAGCAUGCACAGAUUUACCACCAACCUCAAAUAACCAAAUCAAAGGUAAAAUAGCGAUUAUGGAGCGAGGUGAUUGUAUGUUUGUCGAUAAAGCUCGUCGAGUUCAAAAAGCGGGGGCUGUCGCGGCGAUCGUUAUCGAUAACACUCCGGGAAGUACAGUAGAAAAUUCACCGUUAUUUUCAAUGUCGGGUGAUGGAACGGAUGAUAUCAAAAUCCCAACAGUGUUUUUAUUUUCUCAAGAUGCCUCAAAGCUUUUAUUAACGUUAUCGAAAGAUCCACAAGUUGAAAUAACAAUUGGUGAAUGGAAAUCGGAACAUAACGUUUACCCACCGAAUGAAGAGGAAGAAUCUAUGUUUCAAAAACUAAAAGUAUCCGUCCAAGAAUUUUUAAAUAAACACACCGGAAUCGCUUUCACUAAAACCAUCAAACUUGGUAAUUUCAAGGCUGACGUUGGUUUAGAUAAAAUACGGGUUACUUACGAAAAAGCGGAAGAAGAAAAACAAAAAGAAUCAAACCAAGAGAAUCAAGAAGAAGAAUCGACUCCCGAAUGGAGUCAAAUCCGUAAAGGACUAUUACUGCCAAUUUUUAGUUCGGAAAGUAGCAAAGAAUUGUUCGUUCCGGUUAAUAUCUUAAAAAUUUAUUAUCAGACUUUAAGCGGUGUAACCAGCGAAGAAUUGAAAACGCACGAUGUUUUCAAACAAACCGAAUGGUUAUUAGGCGAAUUAAACAUCGAGUUUAAUAAGAAAGAUGAUGAUUUAAUUAAAAGUGUUCCUACGGAUCAUCAAUACGAUGGGAAAAAAAUGGAAUCGUUAAAUACAAUUUUUCAAGCGUUUUUUACCCAAAUCGAAAAGAACGUAAUGGACGAAUUAAAACGGCGGACUGGUGAUGAUUUAGUUGUUACAACCGAUACAAGUGAUAACGUUGAUAAAGUGAUAUUACCACAGGAAAGUAUAAAUGAACAAUAUCUUCCAGAAGGGGAAAGUGAUGACAAAAAAAUUCGAACGGAAAAAAAAGAUGAAUUAUGAUCCCGGUAAAUAUCUUAUAGAAAUUAAUUUGUUUUAAUAACGGUUCGAAAUUGUUGGUUUUUUUUUCUGUACCGUUGAUAAAACAGACU